AUGAUCUGGCGAGCGUCGGGGUUAGCAAACACUAUCAUUAACAACUCUACCACAACUCUUGAGGAGAAAAUUGAGGAAUGUAUCAGGUGCUGUUCUGCUUCAUCAUUAGCUCACUUACAAGACCAUCCUAUCUGGCUCUUAUGGAGGAUUUGGAAAAGCAGAAAUAUGCUCAUUUUUCGUAGGAAGGUUAUUCCUUGGAGAAUUGUACUUCAACAGAGUAUCACUGAUGCAAAAGAGUGGCAUGAGAAUUCUCGGGAUAUGGAUACAAAUUAUCAAAGUACAAAUUACUCAACAAGACGUAGCAGAGUGGUGCACUGGAAGAAACAAUCAGGAAAUUGGAUGAAGAUCAAUGUUGAUGGAGGCUUCCAAAAUAAUACAGAGAGAAGCAGAGCUGGAUGGGUUUAUCGUGAUCUUUUGGGAGUUUAUCAUGGAGGAGUACAAGCUGUAGGCAAAAUAGUUAAUACUCCUCUUGAAUCUGAACUGCAAGCCAUUUUAAUGGCUAUCCAACAUGCAUGGAGUAGAGGUUUUUCUAACCUCUGUAUUGAGUCUGAUAGUAAGAAGGUGGUGGAUAUAUUAAAUGGAAAAAUUCUACAUUUUGAUAGCUACAAUUGGAAACGUGAGAUUCUCUGGUGGAGAAAUCGAAUGAAAGGGGUAACAUUCCAGUGGAUAGGACGUGAAGGCAACAAGGUGGCUGACAAAUUGGUGAAGCAUCAAAUGGAAGACAAUGUUUAUUUCAGAUUUUAUUUCUAUGUUCCUAGAUUUUUAUCAAAUGAACUCCACUAUGACUAUGUACAUUCAACGUAA